CCUUACUUUUUUAACAAAGGAUUGCUACAAAAACAUCGAGGGAAGAACGCGAAAAGAUUAUAUCUGCUUCUUGAAUUAGUGUCACCUAGAACCUAUUCGCCUUCAUACCUCAACACGUUCUCUAGUUUGCCUAUCCUGACACCUGCCAUCCUGUUUGCUUCCCACUGAGCUGUAGGAGUUCCGGUAUUCUCUUUUAUUGCAGCCAAGAUGCUUAUCAGUAAAUACUGAUUUGAUUACAAGGAUAUACGCAAUUUGUAAAAUUUGACAAACAAAAAGAAUGAGCAAAUACAAGACGAAGCAUGACAAGUUAAGUAAACGAAUGGUUCAAAUAAAAUAAAUUUUAUCUUUAUUAUAAAUAAUAUAACUAACACGAAAUAAACAGAAAUGCACGUUCUUUCUUUGUUGUCUGAUAAAGAAGUUUAGUCAUCGAAGGGAGUGAAAAUCUUACUCAUCUAUCCAUCAGGUAAACGUGCUUCUCUUGAAUUAGUUCGUGCAUUGAACUUGGGAAUUGUAACAUGUGAGGAGUCGUCGACAUGAGCUGUAGAAUCUAUGGCUGGAUACUUAAUAAUGGGACAAAAACAUUAUUCAAGGCAGUGUGGUGCAGUCUGUGUGGUAUUUUAUUUUGGAGGGCGUUCGUUGAUUACAAAUACAGCCCCGAGUAUAUCUACCUACAUCAAAUUCUUGGGAUAUGGCUGUGCAUAGCUCGUGCGUCUGCGGCAGUGCUCCACAUGAACCUGGCUGCUGUGCUGAUACCCUUGUGUCGGGGUCUUGCUCUGUGGGGCAAUAGAAUGCUCAUUAAAUUUGGAUUAGGACUGACCUGGUUGAGAUGGAGUGCAACAUCCUUCCAUGUCUUCAUUGGGAACAUUAUUAUGAUUUUUACAGUUAUUCAUGUGGUUGCCCAUUCUUUCAACACAAUAAACUUCUCGAUCAACACGGACGAUAAUGUAGCUGGUCUACAUCCUUUCCCAAACCAAACACAGGCAUAUGAGGUCUGUCUAUCCAUUUUAAUAUUUACAGUUCCUGGGGCCACUGGAUUACUCAUGACCAUUAUUUUGUGUGUGUUAUUUUGGACAAGCCUCCAAACAGUCAGGAGGCGCUUCUUCAAUAUGUUUUGGUACAGUCAUCGUCUCGCAGUAGUGUUAUUAUUGCCGUUACUUCUUGUACACGGUCACAGAGGCCCGCUACGGAGGCAGAUCAACACCGACCGCCAUUUUCCAGGAUGCAAUCUCACUCUGGCUCCUUUUGAAGACAGUUUGUUGCCCGUAAAUGGGUCAAACCAACCCGAACAACAUUGUCUAGACGCUGCAAAAUUUGAUCAUAUUCCAUGUUCGUCUUGGCAAUGGCUAAUACUGCCGCUCAUCCUCUACUGCUGUGACGUAGUGUACCGAAUGAUUCGUAGAUCUCAUAAGGUGACAGACUUCAGUGUAACCUUUGUAUCUGAUAAUGUCCUAGAACUGGCAGUGAAGAGCACCUUUAUAAAAGCGAAGCCGGGACAGUAUGUUCUGUUGAACUGUCCAGUCAUUUCUUCUCUAGAAUGGCAUCCAUUCACAGUAUCGGAGGUUCCAUGCACGGCGAACGAACACAUACUGAAGUUGAUGAUAGGUCGGGCAGGAGACUGGACAGAUGAGUUGUUUAAUCGCCUUUCAUCAAGACAACAAUGCACAGAAAGCACUACGACGACCCGCCAUAAUGGUGACGAGAUGUUUAGAAUAGACGGUCCUUUCACGUCUCCUUUGGAGCAUAUUGACGGCUAUAAAGACGCGGUGAUAGUAACUGGAGGGGUAGGAGUGGCGCCGGUGUUAGCGUGGUGCAGGAGGUUUAAACAUGCUGAGAAAUCACAUCGUAUAUGCAUUAUUUUCGUCACAAGGGAUGACCUACUUCUGAAAUUCGUUGAACUUAUUUGUGAGCAGCAUCGUUCUAAGGUUGUGAACAUCCAAACUAAAGCUGAAUUGUACUACACUGGCCAAAGAAAAUUAAGUCAGCACGAAACAUUUUCAAAAGGAAGGCCCAAUAUACGAGCCAUACUUCACAAUCUAAAUCACAAAAAAGGGUCGAAAGUUGGAGUAUUUGUGUGUGGUCCACCGCCUAUGUGUAAGGAGGCCAAACGGAUUUGUCUAGAUUUAUCGUCCAGGAAUGUUCAAUAUGUAUGCCACAAAGAAACAAUAUAAUAAGUUGAAUUACUAUAACCGUAUAUGAUUUCCAAUAUUUUGGACUUUACCAUCUUCGGGAUCAAAAUUGCUGUGCAAUAUGACUGGAGUUUUUACCUAAUAAAAAUC